UGCGCGUCACUGUCAAGAUCGUAAACAAACACCACCGGUGCAGCUCUUGGAACAUUUACUAGCUUAGCCUAGCCUAGCUGGCUAGCCACCGCUUGCUCGCUAAUAAACGCUCGGAAGGAGAUUAAAGCCGCUCGUGAGGACAGCAGCUGUCAAUAAAUCCACUCACAGACUGACACAUUUUGUCAUGUGUGUCAAUUCUGCAACACCAUUCGGAAUGUGGGUGGAGACGCACUGGCAGGGUUGUUGUGUGUUGCCACCAAAGUCUGCGCGAGCAGCCCAUCUUCAGCACGCGGGCGCACAUCUUCCAGAUCGAUCCGACCACCAAGAAGAACUGGCUUCCCACCAGCAAACACGCCGUCACUGUCUCUUACUUCUUUGACAGCACCAGGAAUGUCUACCGCAUCAUCAGCCUGGACGGAGCCAAGGCCGUCAUCAACAGCACCAUCACCCCCAACAUGAACUUCACCAAGACCUCGCAGAAGUUUGGUCAGUGGGCCGACAGCCGCGCCAACACCGUCUACGGCCUCGGCUUCUCGUGCGAGAGCCACCUGAGCAAGUUUGCGGAAAAAUUUGCUGAGUUCAAGGAGGCGGCGCGACUUGCCAAGGAGAAGUCCCAUGAGAAGAUGGAGCUCACCAGCACGCCCUCGCAGGGCAGCGCUGUCAGAAGGAACGUGUUGCCCGCCAACAAACCCAAGAAGGAGUCCACCAGCUGCCCUCCACAGUCACCGCUGACGCCGGAGAGCGUGAACGGCGGCGAAGACGAGAGAGUGGCGGCGGGCACGCCUCAGCCCGCGGAGGCCCGAGCCGAACCUUCCCACAAUGCACUUCCCUUCUCGCACAGUUCGUCCAGCAUCGGGAAGCACUUGGAGGCGGAACUGGCGGCACUAAAGGGCAACAACGCUAAGCUCACGGCGGCGCUGCUCGAGUCCACGGCUAACGUCAAGCAGUGGAAGCAGCAGCUGGCCGCUUACCAGGAGGAGGCGGAGCGCUUACAUAAACGGGUGACGGAGCUGGAGUGCGUGAGCGGCCAAACCACAUCGGUGAAAUCGGAGAAAACGGAGUUGAACCGCACCAUCGAGGAGCUGGAGGCGGCACUGAAGGCCAAAGAGGACGAGUUGGAGUGUCUCAAAGCCGAGGUGCAGAGUGCCAACCAGUUUCGGUCCCAAAGAGACUCGCUCACGCGGAAGCUACAGCAAGUGGAGCGUCGUAACGAAGCACUGGAAGUGCAACUGGGCGAGCUGGAGCGGCGCGUGGACGCCAACCGGCAGGAGCGCGAAGUCUUCCGCCAGAGCCUGCGCUCGCUGCUGCAGCUGCUGGACGGCAAGAUCUUCGAGCUGACCGAGCUGCGGGACGCCCUCGCCAAGCUGCUCGAGUGCAGCUAGAGACGGCAGCUCGGCGCCGCUUUUCACUGCCGCCAUCACGUCGCCACGACGUCUCGAGAUGUUUACACGCUUUCUAGGCAUUUAUGGUACUCGCUCACUUUUUGCCACGCCCACUCGGAUCGUUUACAGCAGCCAAGUGAACGGCCGGCCGGGAUCAUGAUGAUGCCUUUACCGCCGUUACACUGGGACUUUUUUGGUGCGCUUCUUCAAUCAUUAAACUUGGGAGGGCUCGCUCCCGCCUUUUCCCUCCUUUUUUUCCGAACGACAUCAUCAGCCAAAUGAAUCAAUGGUGCGAGGACUUGACAAAGGUGCGCUGUAGCACUCGGGCGGGCGACGGCGAACCGCCAAGCAGCAAUACAAAAGAUGACGAAGCUUUGUCACUUUCAGGUACUUUGUUUUUCACCUUUGAGGUGAGAAUUUUGACAGAAUUUGAAAUAUUAUUUAAAAACUGGCAAUAUUUUUGAACUAUUUAUCAAGUAACUAAAGCUUGUUUGGAUUUUUUUUUUUUUUUUGGGCCAAAUGUUUUUUUUUUCUUCUGUACAGUUAUUUUUUUGCUGACAUUGCCUUUUAGUCAGUUGUUGAUUUGUUGCCAAAAAAUCACGUCAGAGAGACACAUCGCAACUUUAAGGGCUUGAUGUCAAAUGUAUUUGAAAUAAAAUGUUUAUGCAGACUGUCA